AUGCUUGCCAAAACGAAAUACGUUUCAUGUAACCCAGAAAAACAGUACACAUCUACAUUCUCCACCACAAUUCCACUUUUGAAGCCUUAUUCAAAAGCCAUAAUCAUUUACACCAACUACAUUUUUGGCAAGGAAAAUGUGGGGGACUUGAAAGAUUCAUUCAAUACAGUUGGAGCAUAA